AUGGCCACCGAACUGACUGUGCAAUCCGAGCGCGCUUUCCAGAAGCAACCUCAUAUCUUCGCCAACGCAAAGGUCAAGUCCAAGACCAGCAGAGUUGGAAAGGGAGGCCGAAGAUGGUACAAGGACGUUGGACUGGGCUUCAGGACCCCCAAGACUGCCAUUGAGGGAAGCUACAUUGACAAGAAGUGCCCUUUCACCGGUCUCGUCUCCAUCCGUGGUCGUAUCUUGACCGGCACCGUCGUUUCCACCAAGAUGCACCGAACCCUCAUCAUCCGCCGAGAAUACCUUCACUUCAUCCCUAAAUACUCCCGUUACGAGAAGCGACACAAGAACCUGGCUGCACACGUUUCCCCUGCUUUCCGUGUUGAGGAUGGUGACCAGGUUACUGUUGGACAAUGCAGACCAUUGAGCAAGACCGUCCGAUUUAACGUUCUCCGCGUGCUCCCAAGAACCGGCAAGGCUGUGAAGCAGUUCAGCAAAUUCUAA